AUAUCAGGAAGUUGCAUAUCAGGAAGUUUUGUAUGCAGCUCGGAGUGUGUGUGUGUGUUUUGUAUGGGUGUAUGACUGUAUGACUGUAUUUGAAGCACUUGUUCGAUUCUUGUGAUGGAGAGAGAUGUUGGGACAGUCGCGGCUCUCAAAGCUCUUGGUUAUAACAGCAGCCGGUGUGUGAGGCGGUGCACCUGUGACGAGCUGCCGUGCCCCGUGCUGUCCUGGCUGGUCGCUGAGUUGAGGAAAAGUUGUCCUGAAAUUGGAGGAGGAGGUGGUAGUGGUGCUGUUCUGGCCGGAGAGCUGAAAAAGUUGUUGGAAUUGUUGUUUUACCCUUACGACUCUCUCACCUCCGAAACUCUCACAUCCAUCCAUCUCAACAGAAUAACAGAUUUUCUGGUGUCUGAGUUAGAAGCAGCACAUAUACUCCAACACAGAGAGAGUCACCCAGAAGACACCAAGCCACAGAGUGAAUCAGAAAAAGAACAAAGAAGGCAAGAAUGUAAUGCCAUAGACCUUGAAGAAGAGACCCAAGCUGAGGGGGAUAAGAAUGACGAGAAGGAGAUAAUGAAGGAGUUGGCACAGAUGUUUCAGGCCCUGCAUAUGGAUUCAGCCUCUCAGCUCAGUGAUGCUUACGCACAGGUAAAAGAGGUGGAAUCACAGCUGGCAUCUCUGCCCAAGGUUGAACUGCAAGAGCCACUGCUAAAGACUAGCCUGAGUUCUUCACAGUGGGGAAAAGUGAAUGAGAUUAAUCAAGCCCUACGCAAAGAUUAUGAGUGCCGACGCCAAAUGAUGAUCAAGCGCUUCUAUGUCACACUCCAGUCCUUUGCAUGGGGAGAGAGAGGAAAGGAACGCAGCGCAGUCCUGUCCUCUGUACCUCCUUUUUCAGCUCCACUUGAGUCCUCAGUCUCUAUUGCUCUGCUGCUGGCAGCCAGGGAGGAUCAGUCUCGCAUUCUGCCAGUGAGAGCAGGACCAUCAACAGCCAUUCAUAAGGUGUUGAUGGGUAGUGUACCAGACAGAGGAGGUCGGCCUGGAGAGAUUGAGCCUCCCAUGCCAGCUUUCACUCGACGCAGUGAAGGAGGAGGUGGUCAAAGGCGUGAAAAAAACAAGUUCCAGAAACGGGAGUUUUCAGGAAAAAAGAAAAAAAAUAAGAACAACUAGUACUGAUGGUAGAUCUCGACAAAAUUUAAGUUUUAAAGGAAUAUGUGCCUAAAAUGUUAAUAUUGCUCCAGCUAAACAGAAUCUGUUCAAUAUUAGGCAUUUGAGAGUACGCCUAAUGGUUUUCAUUAGCAUAUUUUUUUGUAGUAACAGUUUGGGGUAAAGUAUUGCUUUAAUGAUCAGCAAUAUGCACUUGAGGUCUUACUGCUAAUUGCAAAGAUAGAAUUUUAUUUUGUUAAGUUAUGCACUUUGAAAAAUACUUUAAUGUAAUUAAUUCUAAAUCUUUAAAAUCCUCUCUGAGGAAAAAUGUUGUGUUCUCAACACUAUUAGACAAACCUGACCUAUGUUUUUUAUUAUUUUUGCAUGACAUAUGUUAGGUGUUGGCUUUUUACAAUGAAAUUAUUUCAACAACCUCUUUCAGCUUUACGUUCUGAAUGUACAAUCAGUUUUAAAGGUAAACAUUCUGGGAGUGUGUCAUGAUAUUGAUACAAAAUUCUUAAUUUUUCAUGACGUGUAACCCUUUAAGUACACAAGUUUGAUUUAUCAUUAUACUGGAUAUAACAUGCAAUCUGACAUUUAUUUGAUGCUGACAUGUACAACUUGAUUUAGUCUCACUGAAAUUCAGUAAAGAGAAAUAGUCUGAAAUGCAUAUGUAAAUAUGAAUAGGCAGGUGAGCCUAUGUAAAUUUAAGUGAACCUAUUAAAAUAUACUGGUUUCUAUCUGA